AUGGCCAGUCCCUUGUCACCGUCACCUCCCCCACGGGAUGAAUUCGCAGAGGACAAGGACAAGCAUCUCGGGAAUGGGUCCGGAUUCGAGAUCGAUGACCAUCUAGCGGCCAGCCCAAGACCUCGUGUGGCGGGGGUCUUGUGGACUAGGGACCCCAGCCCUUCCCCCCACCCCUACCUCCACCCCCUUACCCCGUCCCCCCGCGGGCUCACUACGCAUGCCCGGCUUCCUGCAGGACCGCUCUCAGCUCGUCCUAGGGCGGGGCGGGGGCGGGGUGAACUCCGGGCCGGCUCCCUGACUGGCGGGCAGCCGGACCAAUCGGAGGGCGCUCCGGGGGGCGGGGGUGGGCGCGCCGGCCGGUCGCGGGAGCUGCACCGCGGUGGCGGCUCGGGCAGGGACGGGGCGGCCGGAGGAUGCGGCGAGGGGCUGCGCUCGCCGCGCCAGCUACCACCGCCCGGUUCGGGCCUGAGCGCCGUGCAGGUGGGUACAGGUGCGCCGGGCGGGGCAGGCUGGCCCCGGGACCCGUGGCAAGGGGCGCGGGGACGGGGUCGCCCGCCUCUCUCCAGCCAUCUGCACCCUCCGGACCCCGCCCCACGCAUCCCACCUCCCAGGUCUCCCAUCCUUCCGAUCCAUCCCCCAACCCCCUUCAACGUCACCCAGCCCGGGGACUGCGCCACCUCCACCAAUGCACCCUCCCACCUCCCCAACCUCCUCUCUCCCGCAUGCGCCCCGAUUUCUAUGCCGCCCCUCAUUCCUCCCAGAGCCAAGGAAGGGGAGGAGACCCACCCCGGGUCUCCGGGGAGUGGCGCGGGGGGCGUGGCGGCUGUCCCCUGGCGCCCUCCUGCCCAGUGGGCCUGGGUCCCUGGGUGGCACUAA